CAUAUGAAUAUUAAUUAUUCACUUUUAUGAUGUUUUUUUAUGAAAUAUUUCAUAUAAUUUUCGACAUAAAGACGUCAAUAGACUAAUAGAUUGUGUUUCACUUUUUUCUUAUACUCGCAUAUAAUUUGCAUCAAAGAAAUUCAUUAAUGAUUUUUGAAUUCCUUCACUAUAUUCAUGAUAAUGAGUUUCAAAACCACUGCCAGUUUGGAGCAACUAGAAAAUAUAGUGGAUUCCAAUCCGGAAUUACUCGAACAAUAUGUGCUAAAACACGUCGAUUCGGAUUUAUUAGAGAAAUGGUUGUUUAAAAAGACUCAAAAUAAUCGCAAGAGAAGCUUAACUAAAGCCAGAAUUAAAUCCAACAAUUACCAUGAUAAGAGCAUAUUGCUGGAGGAGUUGGAGAAGUACCUGCACCACAAUGAGCCCAAUAAGAUCAAUGUAUUGACACAACUGGCCUCCACUCUCGCCUAUGCUGUCGAUGCGAACCAAUGGAAUGCCUUUAUCUUAGAUAAUAUUUCUAAUAUAUAUUAA